GGGCUGACAUUUCUGCUGAGCGAGCACUUCACACCCUAUAUACCCUGUUUAAUCUUUACUGUUUAGGACUUGGCAGUGUCUCCCCCCCUUCUUCGUCUUCUUCCUCCUCGUCACGUUCAGUAGGGUGUGAAGAUCACAAACCGCCAAAAUGUCUGAGGGAAAGAAAAUGACGUCCAGCCGCAGGCAUCAUCUGAAGAGUUUGAUGCUGCAGAUCGCUGCCAGCUGGAUCGAGCAGGAGAAGAAGGACAUUGAGGCGGCGAAGGAGGCCUACAUGGCCGAGAACUGCCCCGCUCCCGACCUCAGCGGAGACCAGGCCGCCCUCAUGGAACUCUGCAAGAAGCUCCACGCCGCCAUCGACAAGAUCGACGACGCGAGGUACGACGCCGAGGCCAAAGUUGUGAAGAGCGACAAAGAGAUUGAGGAUCUGAAGAUGAAGGUGGUGGAGCUGGCCGGAGUGAAGAAACCCGCCCUGAAGAAAGUGCGUAUGUCCGCUGACGCCAUGCUGCAGGCUCUGCUGGGAGGAAAACACAAGGUGACCAUGGACCUGAGAGCCAACCUGAAGCAGGUCAAGAAGGAGGUCAAAGAGGAGUCAACAGAGGCGGUCGGCGACUGGCGUAAAAACAUUGAGGAUAAGGCCGACAGGAAGAAGAUGUUCGAAACUUCCUAAAUCCUUCCUGAAGUGGCGAGGACGACAGCAGGGGAGACGUUUCCGCCGAGGUCUGAGUGACUGAAUGUGUCUCUGUGUUCCAGCAGGACGCACAGGGACAAGAGUUUAGACACUUUAUUGUUGUUGUUUUUUGUUUUUGUGAAACCAUCGCCCCGAGAGAGACUGAGCUGAAGCAAAGUAACGUCAUCACGUACGCCGUUAAAACGUCACAUCAUUUCAAAAUGUACAGGUUUUCAUGGAGUCAUUAGAAAUAAAUGUUUUGAAAUAAGGA